GGGAACCGUCCAAAACGUCAAUCUAAUAAAAAACAAACCAAUAGACCUUUUUUAGGAAAUGAACAUCAGAAAUCGGAUUAUUCUCCAAAUAUUACAGGUACUUUAGGUAUUAGCUUGCCAACAAUAAAGGAGUUGGGCGUGUUUGGUGAAAAUCCUCCAUUAUAUCGGCCUAUUCCGAUAUAUCCAAUCCAUAUGAAGGCAAGACAAACAGAGUUUAAGAGUCAACUUCAGGCAAGGGAUAAUGCUCGCCCGUAUAAUGCAGCAACUAUUCCAUCAACUAUUAAUACUGUUUUAUCAAUUAUUAUUCCACCAGAUGUUCCAUCAAAUAAUCCACCAACGACUACUCCAUCAACAUCUACAAAUGUUCAGUCAAUCGCUCCAUCACUUUCAGCAAAAUCAUCAUCGUCUUCGUCAUCAAAAGAGAAAUCAGCUGCACAACCAUUGGAUUCAUCAUCACCUGCUUCAAAUGUAGUGUCAGUAUCUUCUAAUUUAGUAAAUGUAACAUCGCCUAAACAAUCAUCGGAAUCAUCAUCUUCUGCUAAAGAUGGAACAUCAACUACACCAUCAAUAGAAUUGUCGAAUGCAAC